AUGAAUGGAAAUGCACAAUCAUCGUCAAAUAAAGAUAAUGAACUACUACCCAACAUUCCGCAUAUAACAGCAAAUAUAAUUCCAUUAUCAAAUAUCAUAAAAUUUUAUACUCAAGAUGCAUAUAAACAAUUAGUAAAUAUGAUUGAAAAUUUAUCAUUAAAUUUAGAAACUGAAUCAGAUUUAAAAAGAAAGAAGUAUUUCUUGGAGUUGAUAGUCGAUUUACGUUCAAAUUCCAUUAAGUUGUAUACUCUAUGUAAAUGGUCACAGGUUUCCCUUGAUGUUUCGAAGUUCAUCGAUUUAUUGAAUUAUUUUAGGUUACAAGAGUUUACAUUUGACCAAAUUCUAUUUCAACUACAACAAUUGAAUAAUUACGGAGGUGCAAAACUACCAAACGGUGAUAUCAUAACAUCUAUUGAAGUAUUAUAUAACAAAAAACCAACAUUUCCAUCAUAUAAUUAUUUGAAAUCAAAUCCAAUAAGCACAAGGAAAACAAUUGAAGUCUUAAAAGAUUUAAAUUUAAUAUUAGUCACCCGAUUUGCUUUAAUGAGUGAGGAACAAUUACCUUCCAGAUUUGAAUAUGUUAUUAAAGAUGGUAGGGCAUAUAUCACUGUCAAAAAUGAAUUUGAAGUUAGUAUUACUAUUGGGAAUGAAGUCAUACCUGAAGAGGAAUCAGAUUAUACAAAGUCACCAUUUUAUUUUAUAGAUUUCAGAUUUUUAUUUGGUAUUAACCCAGAUACGAAUUUAAUAACAUAUAAAGAUGAUAAAAUAUUCACAAAGUUGCCCGAAAAGUCAUUGAGUAAAUUAGAAAAGAUAUCAAACCAAACUUUGUUAAAUCUGGGCUUACCUGGUUUAUACGAACUAUUACAUAAAUAUACCAUAUCAUUUAAACUUUAUCUUAUUUCAAAACAAUUUAAAGAUUUGCUAAUAAAUUCAAGAUGGAGAAAUAAUCUACAAAUAAAUUAUCAAAUGGGUAAAUCAUUAAUCAUUCUAAAUUAUUGGUCCCUGUUUUAUCUUGGUAAAAAUUGGAAGACUUUCAUUGAAUUGGGGAUAGAUUCAAAAUAUCAAUUAAAUUAUCGAUGGUUCUUAAAUGGAAAAUAUGAGAGAAAUUUAGAAUUAGAUGAAAUUUUUAAUCCUAUAAAUGAUACAGAUACAAAGACUUUAAAUGUUGAAUCUAUUUUGCUUGUGGUUGUGAAUAAACAUGCUGAGUUAUUAAUGAGUUCAAUUUAUGAUCAAUUAACUAUACAUUUUAAAGAUGUUGAAUUAAUCAAUCCUCACCAACUUUUAUUAAAACUAACUAUAUAUAAAUCUACCAUAUUUGCAGUGAAUCCAUUAAGUGGGCAUUUCUAUUUUAUUGAUCCAACACCAACCCAAAAUUUGAUCACUAAAAAAAUAAAUUCACCAACAAAGGGUGAUAUGAUUCAAGAAAUUGUUGAUAAUUUAAUACAAUUGAAAUUGGAAACUUUAGUUAGAGAAAUUAAUUAUAGAUUGUUCACGACUGAAUGGUUGAGCAAUCAAUUAAUAAAAUUAAACGAGCUGGAAAUUUCCAAAUCAUUCAAUUUGAAUAUAAAAAAAUAUACCAUUAACUUUUAUAGAAGAAAAAAUUAUCCAAGUUCGUGGUUUUUAAUCACGAUUGUAAAUCCGAUAGAUUCAUAUACUUAUUGGUAUGUGGCUAGAGUAAAAUCUAUUCUUGGAGAAUGGAAAAUUCAAUGGGUUCAACAAUUACAAUUUGAAGAGAAUUAUAUACCUUUACCAAAGUUGGAUUUUCAAUUUUUUAGCAAUUUACCCACAAUAUGUUCAAAUAUGAUUAUUGAUCAUAUGAUAGUUGAAGAAUUAGAAUUUAAGAAAUUGAAAUUUUUAAAAAUAGAUAAAGAUCAUCAGUUGGUUAAAAGUUUUGAAUCGGACGAUUUUGAUGCUGAUUUAAUUUAUGAAUCUUUAUAUAUCAUUUACAAUUUAGAUUUAUUACCAAUUCAAAAUUCAUCAACUUCAUUAUUUUUAAAAAUUCGAUUAUUAAAAAAUAAUCAAAUGGAAGUUAAAUUAUUUGGGACUUUCAACAAUUCAAAUAUCAAAAAUAUCAAAGACAAUUUUUUAAGUAUAUUUCAAAAAUCUUUUGUAAUUAAAGAUUCUAUCAAUUUAUUAAAUUCAGCAGUCUAUGAAUCUAAUAAAAACUUAUUGGAUAGUAUAUUCAAUAGACUUAAUCAUCUAAAAAAAUUAUCAAUAAUAACCCAACAACUCCAUAAUUUUAAAAUUUCAAUUACUGAAUAUUCAAUGGUUGAUAUAAGUAUUCUCAUAUCAGACAUCAAUUUGAAAAUAAAAUUAUUUAAUACCAGUAUUCAACUAACUUCAGAAAAUUCCAAUUUUAAUAUCCAAUUAAUCAUAAAGUAUUUAAAUUCAUAUUUAUUAGAAAAUGAAAAUGAUUCCAUUAUUGGAGUCUGCAAAUAUUUGAGCUUAAUCCAGCCUGUGUUAACAUCAAUUAAAACUUCCCAAGAACUAAUUAACCAAAAUAAAAUAAACUUAUCUAAUGGGUUGAGUAGAUUAAAUUUUGAUGUUAAUUUUAUCACAAUCAAUUAUUUGCAAUUUGUAUACAAUAUAUAUUCAAAUGUGCCAAAUACAAAGAAGAUUCAAAAGGAUAAGAUUACAGUAUCUUUAGCUUUUAAAACAAAUAUAUUUAAUGAUUUUAGAUCAGAAAAUUUUCAUUACCUUAAGUUAUCAUUCAAGGAUACUUUAAAUACUGACAGUACCACAUCAACAAAAUUUAAAAAAUUAUUUGAAUUGAUAUUUAAAAGUCUUACUGAAAUAGAUAGAAAUGGAGAUGCAAUUCGAAAUGAAAAUGAAAGAGUAAUUAAAUUAAAUUUCGAUUAUUUGAUUAAUUUAAAUUUGAUAAAUGAAGUAAUGAACAAAAUUACAAAAGUGUUUAUAAGUUUUUUGAACAUGAACAAUUAUAUAACUACACCAGUUUAA